AUGGCGCUUCCCGUUGCCAUCCAGCAGACCAUCAUGGAUGUGCAGAGCCAUUACAAGAAGCUACAUGAGCAGGUCCUCAACCUGCAAAACGAGAACUUGGACUUGAAGAAAGAGCUCCAAGAAAUGGGAACACGUUCGCAUUCGAAGGUCAUGGAGUCCCUCAUCAACGAGAACCACCGUCUGAAGGCGCAGGUGCGCUCCAUCGAAGGGCCAAGCCCGCCCGGCUUCGCCUCGGAUGAAGAUGAGCUGAUCUCCAUCAAAACGCAGUCGCAGUCGAUCGAGGUGCCGGAAGUUCGAGCUCGGAUUCGAAAGGUCAGCACGCAGGCGGUGCACGAUGCUGUCCACAUCCGGAAGCACAUGAUGAACGGAGAUGCGGAUAGCGAAGACGGCUUCCUUGCCAGCGACAAAAUCAAGAUGCUCAAGAAUGAUCCUUUCGCAGACACGCCAGUAGACAUCUCACCGCCGCUGUUCUCUACGAAGUCGGUCUUCGGUCUGUGUUUCCCCAUGGACCCGCGAGCACCCCAGAAGGAGCGCUUGACGAAAAGGUUCACCAAUGGCCUUUUCUUCAAGUCGAUUACCAUGUUCGCAAUCGCCGCCAACACUCUAUACCUGGGUUUUGCUGCCAACACAAAUGUCAUAAACAGCUACAGACGCCUUCAGAACCUCCCGGUGGAAGAGCACAGAGUUGAGUAUGACAUCGCUUUCACAGCUUGGUUCGGCGUUGAGCUCCUCAUUAAGAUGAUAGCUGACCGAAUGCAAUUUUUCGUGGGGGAAGAGAGGGCUUGGAACUGGUUCGACAUGGCUCUGGUGGCAGAGUCCUUUAUUGGCCUGUUCUCCCAAGGAUCCAAGCUCUCCUUUUUGCGGAUCUUCCGCGUCUUUCGCCUGGUGCGCGUCGUCAAAGUCGUUCGAUCCGUGAAAGCUUUAGCACGGCUGCGCACGAUGAUUUUUGCCAUCCUGAGCUCCUUUGUCGACCUGCUGUGGGCUUUCUUGGUUAUAGUACUGAUCAUGUUCGUCUUCGCGAUCGUCUUUGACAAUGCAGUGGCGGAUUACUUCGACGGGAUCACUGUGGACUGGAACGCCACCAACACAGAGCUGGUGGACGAAGUUGUAGCAAUGAACAUGCUGUUUGGCAACCUCCUUGAGACUAUGAUCUCCUUGUGGUCGGCCGUCAGCGGCGGCAAUGACUGGAUGAAUUAUGGGGAGUUGAUCAGGAGAACGGGUGAUUUCUACUUUUUCCUCUUCAACUUCUAUGUGGCGUUCUGUGUGGUUGGCAUGUUCAACGUUGUCACUGGCGUCUUUGUCGACUCAGCAGUUUGUGUCCGCACGGGCGAUGAAGUUGUGCAAGGUUACCUCGACGACUUGCGACAGACGACGGAGGAGAUCAAAGGCUUCUUCAAAGAUGCGGACGCCGACGGUUCAGGAACCUUGAACUGGGAGGAGUUCCAAGCGCACAUGAAGAAUCCAGCGGUCAAGGCUUAUUUCUCGGGACUGGACAUUGACCCGGAGGAGGCUGAGAUCAUCUUCACGAUUCUGGAUGGAGAUAAGAGCAAGGAGAUCAAGAUUGAUGAGUUCGUCCAUGGCACGAUGAAACUGAAGGGCUCAGCAACAAAGCUGGAUCUCAUGGCCCUCAUGUACGACCAGACGAGGCAAAGCAUGAAGUUUGAUGCCCUUUGCGACUUCGUUGAGGACGAGUUGGUAGACAUCAAGCGCAGGCUGAUCAUCGCCCGCGAGGCGCGGCAAAGAGAGGCCUCCCGGGAGCCAGAUCGGUCCAGCCCCGAGCGCCCAGCCAUGGGCGCUUCAGGAGCUUCACCGCCCCGAGCCACGCGGGUGCGCAUCGACACGACGAGAGAUCUGCCACGUGCCAUGGCUGUGGCACGCCGCGGAUGA